AUCUACCAUCGUACAUGUAAGACCGCCACCGUGGACGACUACGCUCUGUACUUGCCCUACUCUCAGGUGCUGAGGACGCCAGUUUCUUCGUUGAGAACGAUCACCGAAUGGAUGAUUCUCGCAGCUCAGAAGCUGGUUUGGCGUCUGCUGCAGAUUCUCUUCCUCGCAGAUCCCAUGCGUCGCUCAGGUGGGCGAUUCUGCGCCGAUCGCUGCUGCCUCGCCCUUCCUCCGCCGCAUCAGGUCAUCCAUCUGAUAUGAGCACCAAGAAGGUGUCUAGGAAGAAAGGUGGUGGCUUUAAUCUUAUUCCGUGCCGCCCUCUUGUUGAUACCCAUCUAGUGCAAACCCCGGAAGUUUCUAGACGGGUGAAAAUUCUAGCCGGCCCUCGCGAUGCCUGCCUGCACUACAAAUUACCUCUAGAAAAUGCUCCUGGACUUGUCAUGAUCCAGAGAAUGGAGGAGUCUCUUGACCUAUAUGAUUUUCAGAUCUCCAGGCAAUAUGAUAUUGACACCACAGGGCUAGUAUGUUGUUGGCCUUCAGAAGAUGUCCUGGCCUGGUUUUGUGUAGACCAUCGUGAUAUGUUUGGGUCCAAAAGAGUGAUAGAACUUGGAUCUGGAUAUGGGCUGGCUGGACUGGCUAUUGCUGCAUGCUCAGAUGCUUAUGAGGUGGUAAUUUCUGAUGGUAACCCGGAUGUUGUUGAUUAUGUUCAGCGUAAUAUAACUGUCAAUACAGAAGUUUUUGGAGGUACACAAGUAAAAUCAAUGACAUUGCAUUGGAAUCAAGACAAAGAUAUAAUUGCAUUGGGCACCUUUGAUAUCGUUCUUGCAAGUGACUGUACCUUCUUCAAGGAAUUUCAUGAAAGCCUUGCUCAUGCAGUCAAGUGUUUGCUGAAACGUUCAGAGGCCUCUCAAGCCAUUUUUCUGGGUCCUAAAAGAGGCAAUUCAUUGGAAAAAUUCCUCGAGAAAAUCAAAGAAAUCGGGUUGAAUUAUGAAUUGGUUGAAAAUUAUGAUAGCAGAGUCUGGAAUAUUCAUCAGAAGCUUCUGGCUGAUGACACUGCGUGGCCUAACUAUGAUAUAGAUCACUUCUAUCCUCUAUUGCUAAGGAUAACCUUUUCCCAGACCUGAGUAUUCAACAAACAUAGGAUUUGCCAGUCUAGCAGAGACAUGGUAGGGUUCCUUGGCUGUCCCACUGGCUGGAAGGGAAAGGAUCUCUGCUAUAGUGAGGCCGGUAAGGGCUUAUCUUGAUAGUCUGAUAUUUUCCUUUAUAGGUAGAACACUGUUUGUGUUUAGCUUCGGUUUGGACUUGGGUUUGGUUUGUAUGAGAUUACAUUGGAACAAGGUCAAGCAAACUUGGGUAAAAUGUAGUAUCUAUAAAGCAUUAAAAUUUUAGCAAUGUUUUUUGAGCA